CUGAAUUUGGAAAGAGUGGCUCUCCACAAGGUUGCCAACUAACAACAUAAUUUAAAGGAACCUAUGAGUGCAACGCACCAAAUUUCAACCCGCAGUUCUUCACGAAAAGCCGCAUAGCUGCUUGAUGCAUCGCUAUCACCAUGUUAGGGCAUUAUCCGAAUGUGGAAAAAUCGCAGCUUGUCAACUACGUGGAGGAUUAUUUGGAAUGUGUCGAAUCGCUGCCUUUGGAUAUACAGAGGAAUGUUUCAUUGUUACGAGAAAUCGACACCAAGUAUCAAGAGGUCCUCAAGGAGGUGGAUGAGAUCUAUGAAAAGUAUAAAAAGGAGAGUGACAGUGGGCAGCGCAAGCGGCUGCAGAUACAGUUGCAGCGGGCGCUCAUCAGCAGCCAGGAGCUGGGGGAUGAGAAGAUCCAUGUGGUCACCCAGAUGAUGGAGGUGGUGGAAAACCGUUCUCGUCAGAUUGAGGCCCACUCACCUUGCUUCUUGGAGCCUGGAGAUGUCGAGAGACCACCGGAGAAGGUAAGGCAUGACCCUGCGAGCACCUCCACCAAUGUGAUGCCCGAGCGCUCUUCGGCGAGGCGGCCCAGACGUCAGCGCAACAGUGAGAGCCGAGACACUUGUGCCAAUGGAGCUUUAGAGGAUCUCGGCGAAGAGCCUCCACCACAGCCUCGUGAGAAAAAAUCCAAGUCGGCCAAGAAGAAGAAACGUUCGAAGGCCAAGCAGGAGCGUGAAGCCUCCCCAGUGGAGUUCACCAUUGACCCCAACGAGCCCACCUACUGCCUCUGUGAACAGGUGUCCUAUGGCGAGAUGAUCGGCUGCGACAAUGAGCAGUGUCCAAUCGAGUGGUUCCAUUUUUCCUGUGUUGGACUCACCUACAAGCCCAAGGGUAAAUGGUAUUGCCCCAAAUGCAGGGGCGACAAUGAAAAGACAAUGGAGAAAAGUGCUGAUAGGGCCAAGAAGGAUAGGCGGUCCAGGUAGUGCCUUUUGUGAAAAAUAUGCCUGUGUGGGGAUCGGCGGUGUUCGUGUUUAACUUAUGUUAAAAGGUUCUCCUCAUGCACUUAGCUAAAAAGUUUCCGAACAGGUGCUGUUGUUGCUUUUGCGUUAGGAUGGACAACGACCAACAGACGUAAUUAACCCUGGAAACACAGAUGUUUUAAGAUACUGCCACUAAUGUCCAUAAGACAGGGAAGAGUUCUUUCUUUUUUUUCCAGUAAGACUAAAGAGGUUAAAUAUGUUAGGUCAGCAGCACCCAGGUCAGGGUAAUGCUGUCAAAAAUAACAAGCAAAGUGUUUCAAGUGCACAGGGUUUGAUGAACAGUAUGUCAGCAUCUUUCCUUUGCAUUUCUUGUUCUUUCGUUCCACAUUUUAGAAAAUAUAUAUCAAAACACACCUCUGAAAUGUCUUCCAGUGAGAGAACAAACUCAUUUUCUUUGUAAAUGUUUUGGAGUGAUGUUUUUGUUUAAAAAAAAUCCCUUUUUUAAGUUUCAACUAUUUAAAUAAAUGGGUGCUUGUUAUGUCUAUA